UGCCAGCGGCCGUGGGGAAGGGGCGGGGCCGCGUGUGGCUUCCGCUUCUGGGCUGGAUUGACACACAAUGAGGAGCCGAGGCUGGAGAGACGCGCUGCGAACAUCGCUGUAAAUAAAUACUACAAUCACUGAGGCCGGAGCGACAUGGAGAACCAGUGCACAGUGCAGGUGAAGCUGGAGUUGGGCCACAGAGCCCAGCUAAGGAAGAAAGUGACAUCGGAAGGUUUCACCCACGACUGGAUGGUGUUUGUCCGAGGGCCAGAGACCGGUGACAUCCAGCACUUUGUAGAGAAGGUUGUCUUCCGCCUGCACGAGAGCUUCCCUAAACCCAAGAGAGUAUGCAAGGAGCCUCCAUACAAAGUGGAGGAGUCGGGCUACGCAGGCUUCCUCAUGCCUAUUGAGGUUUACUUCAAGAACAAGGAGGAGCCAAAAAGGGUGUUUUUCAACUACGACCUGUUCCUUAACUUAGAGGGUAACCCCCCAGUUAACCACCUACGCUGUGAGAAGCUCACCUUCAACAACCCCACCAAAGAAUUCAGGAGAAAGCUGAUCAAAGCUGGAGGGGUAUUGGUGGUUCCAGAGGGGGCUGAAGCAAGACCCAAUCCGGAUUACCCAAUGCUCCCCACCAUCCCCCUCUCUGCCUUUUCAGACCCCAAGAAGACCAAGACCUCUCAUGUGUCAAAGGAACCCAGCAAAGAAGGAAGUGGUGGAAGCAAGGGACCGAAACCACACAAGCUGACCAAGGAGCAUCGCGAACGACCCCGAAAAGACUCUGAGAGCAAAGCCACAUCAAAAGGAGACACUGACAGAGAUGGAAGCAGCAAGAGUGGCCGAGAUCCUUCCUCUUCCUCUUCCUCGUCUUCAAAAAAGCCGCCAGAGAUCAAAGUGAAAGAUGAAGUGAAGGUCCUACCCAAGGCAGCAUUCAAGGAGCCUAAGCUCACCCUGAAGGAGUCAAAGAUGGAGGGUAUGUCCCCUAAAGGAGGGGGGGCUGGGAGUGGAGGGGGCGGUGGGGGGGGAGGCGGGGGAGGGCCUGCAGAAUCCAAAGCUCCGGGGAAACGACCCUCCACUGUGGAAUCUCCCAAACCCAGUGCGAAGAAGCAGAAGAAGGGCAACUCUGAGGGGCCGAAGGGGCCGGGAAGCGGAGCCUUCACAGGAGCUUCUCCUCGUGUCUCCUCAUCGUCUGUAGCUAACCAGUCCUACGCUGAGAAGAAACCCCCCAAGGAAAAAGGUCGCUGGGCCAAAGGCAAAAAUGACACACAGGAGCUGAAGGAGCCCAAGAAACUUCCAGAGUCAGAAGAGUCGAAUUCAGAAGAUGAAGCCUCUUCAAAGUCAGAGCAGUCGGCCCCUUCCAGUCCUUCCAAUUCCAGUUCUAGUUCUGACUCCAGUUCAGACUCAGACUUUGAGCCGGGACAGAAACAAGGGCAAGGCCCGUUACGAUCCAUGGUGGAGGAGAUCCAGUCAGAAGAGUCGGAUGAUGACGACAGCAGCUCGGAGGAGGAGACGCCCAUCAAGACGAACCCACCCAACCGUGACUCUCGACUCAGCUUGGACAGCGAGAGUGACAGCAGUGACGGCUCACACCGCCCCAGUCGAGACCCCGUCCCGCCCCCACAGAAACACAGCUCCUCCAACAACAAAGUGUCUGGCAGAAAGAGUCCAGAUUCCUCCUUCCGCUCAGAGAAGGUGUUGAAGAAGGGAUACGACAAGGUAGGAAGGGCCUACACAGAGGAACUGGUGGACCUCCAUCGCAGACUGAUGGCUUUAAGAGAGCGUAAUGUUCUACAGCAGAUUGUCAACCUGAUCGAGGAAACGGGCCACUUCAACGUGACCAACACCACCUUUGACUUUGACCUCUUUUCACUGGACGAGUCCACUGUCCGCAAACUACAGAGCUACCUGGAGGCGACGGCCACGUGACAGGAAGUGGACACCGGCAUGUGGAUGGCAGCAGCGGCGGGAGUCGACUCGCCACCUAUUUUCCUCCAUAGGCGAGGUGACGAGUGGUCACAUCUGUCGCAGCUGUUUCACAGGUCUGACUGAAACAUUGAACAACUACCACCAGAACAGAAACACACGGUCAAACACAAGCACACAUGAAGACACACCACUUUCACAUGACGCUGGGGAGGAAACAGGAGGAGUUGGCGAAGGUGAUGAAGGGAGCGCUGGAGUCGCUGAUCUCCGUCUACAGUCAGGAUUUUGAUCACACGUCUCUUUUUUUUUUUUGAGUCCAUGCAGAGCUGUGGAAUGCACCCCACACACACCCCCCCUCACCCUCCUGCACUGCACUCACAUUGCUCCCGCCUUAGCGAACCCAAUACUACUCCUCCUCCUCUUCACACGCACACUUCUUACCCAGCAGAACACUCCAGUUCCCCUCCCCCUGCUGUCAGCUGGAGCUCAUUUCUCUCCCGACAUACUGUUGAGUGUGUGUGUGUGUGUGUGUGUGUGUGUGUGUGUGUGUGUGUGUGUGUGUUUGUCUGUGCAUGAGUGUGUGCAUGCGAGCACUGCUGAGGUUUAACAGGACAAGUUGUGUUUGUUGUUGCUGACUUCUCUUUGUUCGUCAUGCCUAAGUACAAACAACAGCCAGUUUCCCUCCUUCCCAUGAACACACAUGGAAAACAUAUACAUACAGGUAACCUUUACAGGUAACCCCCCCAACUAAGCAUUUAUUACUAUAGGCACUACACUAAUAUUAAAUAAAUGGUUUACAGCACACUGUAAUGCAGUUGUAAGUAGCUAUGAAUGUUUAGUGUAAUUAUGGAGAUAUAAGACAACACUGACUUUUUGAAGAAACAUUAGUCCAAGAAGUCCACAUCUUUAAAUCCUUUUCUCUGUAAAGUGAAACCAAAAUUCAUAUUCAAGCUGAUUGUCAGUCAGAUACUCAAUUUAUUGUGUCAGGGCCUCGAGAGCAUACAAUAAUUUUCUUCUCUCUUCGAGCUGCCCAUCUUCUGUGACAGCGUUAAUUCUUGGCUGCUGGACACAUUUUUCUUCCCGGUUCGUUUAGCAUGAAACACUACUCGUGAUGAAUUUAUUAGAACCCAUCCUUCAGAAACAGAAAGACAAACUAAACCCUUUAUUUGCUGAUUUACUCUUAACAGACUCGAAAGGCACUUCUCAAGUAGAACCCACAAUUCAUCAUUCUUUGGGAGCUGCUGUAUCAGCGAUACAAUCUGAUGUUAUGAAGACACGAUGGUCUAGUUCUUGAAUCAAGGACAAACCACACUUUUUAAAAGAAAGAAUAUAGUCUUAUAUUUGAGUUAGCUUGGUAUUUGUCAUAAAAAAUAAUUAUUUCAUUGUCUAUUAGCUGCUAAUUUUCUCAAUCACUGUAAAAUACUUGUAAAUGAACAUCAUGAUCAUGAAACUACCUUGUUUUAAUUUGACCCACUGAAGAAAUCUUCUUCCUGGGGAAGCUGAAAGUAAAUUAUAUUGUGGAUUUUUGCCUGAAAAUGGUUUGAAAAGAUUCUAAAGAUUCUAACAGUUGCUGGUUCAUUUUGUGUUGGUCAACUUCUGGUUGAUGACAUAGAAUAUAUGGUACAUUAGUAAACACUUAAAUGUUCUUAUACCUUCAAACAACUGCAUUAUAGUGUUUAUUAUAUGUUUAGUGCUUUCAAUGCUGCACGGGGGGGGGGUCCUCCCAGGUCCUUACACUUAACACUGUACAUGAAGAUACUGAGACGUGCGUGUGUGUGUGUGUGUGUGUGUUUGUAAGUGCUUGUGUGUGUUUCAGAUGAGGUUUCUCUGUUGUCUGAACAUCUGAAAACGUCUCCUCUGUCGAGUCCCCCCCCUCCUCUGCUUCCUCGCACUGAAAGCUGAGCCUUGACCUCCUACCAACAGACCCCCACCCCCUUCUUUCCUUCAGAAGCUCCCUCACUCCAUCCCUUCUUCUCUCCCUCCUCCUCUCUUAUUCCCAUAUUGGCGUGCAUGAAAGGGCUCGACUGCUCGUGGCCAGAGCAGUGGAGGAUCACUCCGGAAUUGCCUUUUAAGUGGUGGGAGGGUUUAAAAAUAAUAAGCCGUGAAAAAGUAGCCAUACUUGUCUCCCAGAAUCCAAAAAUACGAAAACUAAAAUAGGGGCCACGCUUUUUUACAUUUUAUUUUUCUACAAGUGCAUUUUUGUGUAUUUAUUCCCACACUGCGGUUAAGAAAAACCUGUGAGCUAUGAAUGUAUAUCGCUUUUACUUUUCUACGGCUAGCAACAGCCCCACUCUAGUGCCUUUUUCCUGCACCUUGCAGUGUGAGGGGGUGGUGUGCGCUCUCUUAGCCAUGGUCACACAGAUUGAAGCCACCCCCCUCAAAACGCCCCCCUCUGCGGGGGAAACAAGUGUUAAGUGGGAUGCCUGAAUAUCCAGUAUUGUCUUAAUGGCGUUCAUCCCUGCGUCUCCUUCUCCAGUGUCUUUGUAGGCUGUCGUCCUCUUACCCGUGAUAUUUCUGUUCAUUGAGCCCUGUAGACAUUUUUCAGACGACUGUUUUUCAUUGAUGGUGGUCAUGUUUUUAUGUUCCUGCUUUCUGAGAUUAGAUUCGGUGUUUUUAAAGAGAAAGCAUCAGGUUACUGUGGUAGUUACAUUAAUUAGCUCUAGUAACAGUUGCGUUCAGCUGUGUUUUGUGUGUGUGUGUGUUUUGUGAGACGGUCGUUGUUAGGGUGGGGGUUCCCUCUUCAGCCGAUUGAAGUCUUUGAACUGACAGUGGAGCGUUUGAUACCAAGUAAACAGCACUUGAUCUCACAUUAGGACACAUAAGCAGAAAUGUAAGCUAAGCAAAGCACUCCUUGUGUUUUCUUUCCCUGAAUAUUACAAAUGUAUUUCUCGGGGGCCUGAAUCUUGAUGAAACGGUAACACAGGCUGACUGGUCUCAUGAAGCUGGGUCACUUUAACCAAGUUAGCGCACGUCACCCAGAGAAGGAUCUGAUUUGAUGGUUGUCACAUUGGUGGAUUCACUUGGUUUUACAUGCUAAAUACUGUAUAUCAGACAUAUGUUACUCUCUUUUAAUGUGUUUAUGCCUUUAAAAUUUACUGUAGAGCAUACAGCCUGAAUAAUACAAGACUUCUGAGGUGGAUAUUGAUUUACAGUUGAAAACUUAAGAUAAACUGAUACCAAAAUAUAAAUAUACCUGCAGUGCCAGGGCGAUUUAUCAGCUUGAACUAACAACAUUUCACCUCGUUGUCAGAAGCUCCUGGUCAAAAACCUUAAUGUGUGAAACUACAACUAAAAGCAGGAGCUCACAGAUCUAAACUGAAUCUUAGGGUUGUGAUUAUUUAUAACUUUAGCUACAUACAGGUGAUGAAAGCUGUUCUGAGUGAGAUUAAAUAACAAGUUUCAAGGAGAUUUUUAUUAGAGGAUUUGAGACUGAAUCCUGAUUCGAUAAAAUGUUUUCAGCGUCUUUACCGCAAAGCAUCUGGGGCUCCCAAAGGUCACUCUCAGGACAGUUGGCCAUAGUUAUCAAUACUUAUCAUUUACAGUUGAUGAAUUGACACAGUGCUUUGUCACAGACUGCAGAUUUGCAGUACUAAACGUUUUUGUAAUACUCAAAUCUUUUGAUCAUUCACUUUUUUUCUAUUUAUAUUUCCAUCAUGUUUACAAUCUGUCUUUAAAUUUUCAAGUCUGAAUAUAUCAACGUCUGCAGUUUUAUCUCAUAUCUUUGUAAUCUGUGACAUGUGAUCGUUUUCUCAUUACACAUGUUUCAUGUAAACAAACGUGUGUGAGGCUUUUAAGAAAAACCAGGAACCAGCUUCAUGAGACUGAAGCCAGAGAAGUCAAAGAAAGAGGGAGUGAAGUUAACUUGCUUCGUGAUUCAGGCCCCUGGUGUGUUAGUUCCUGUGGCCCCUUUAGGCUUCACACACACACACACACACACACACACACACACUACACACACACUACACACACACCAAACCACUGUGGUAGAGACCUUCAAUGAGCAAUUCCCUCCCUGCCCUCCUCCCCUCGUCUUCAGUUCUCUUCCUGCCGACAGUGUUUUUAUCCUGACGCUUCGAUAGCUUUAAUUCUUCCCCUCUCGUCCUCUGUUGCCUGCCUGGCUCAGCGACAUGUACACACUCCCUCUGUCCUUACUGUAAACUCCGCCUGAGCAUGGAAAAUGUGUCUCAAAUACAAAGUAAAAAAAGAAAACGUGGAUCCCUGCCGCCUUACGUGCCCUGCAGUAACCCCCCUCCUCCUCCUCUCAUUGCCCUUGUUCCUUCCUCUUCAUUUUCUCGAGGUGUGCCUCUGAACUUCAGGCCGUGAUUACUAAGAAUGAACUUUGCAACUGUGUGAGUGACGUUUGUGCAUCUGCGAGUGUAUUUGUUAGUGAACGGAGGGAAUUAGAGAAAAAAAAACCUCUUCUUGCUGUUGCCCUUCUCUGUUCAUCGAUGUGGGAACUUUUAAGUCCUCGUUCAUGAACUCUGACCUUUGACCAGGCACUCAUUCAGUCCCUUGUGGUGGAGGAGAAGAGGGGGAGUUAGACAGGGACUGGAGAAGACCCACUGUCUACCCACAGUCAAUGUUUUAUUUAUGGACCUCUGCACUUUUGGCUGUGAUGACUUCAGUACUUAACGUAGUUACCUGAACUGUAUUUUUAAGGAUUUUAUACAAUAUUUACAUGCAAUACAAUAUGAAUUGAUUUUUUUUUUUUUUUUUUUUUGCCAACUUUAUUUUGUUUCGUUCUUAUUUAAUUGUCUUUACCUUUGACAUGUUUGGUCACUAUUAUUCACAAACAAACAUGUCCGUCAAAUCUAUUUUAGGCAUCAAAUGUUGUUAUGGGGAUGUUCCCUGUAUGUUGUGUAUCAUGAUUCUGAUGACAGCUGAAAACCAAGAAGCAGGUGUUGGACAAACGUUUGCUGGAUGAGCUUAACUUCAUCAUAUCUCUGCUUCCAGUAACAAAGAACUGGACCUGAACGAGGACGUGAGGAGUCCAUGCUUCAGUUCAGUGAACUGAAAACCGUUUAUUUUUUGUCUCAUGUCCAGCUAUGAUUUGAGUGUUUUUAUUUUUUUUUAACCCUACUCAUUAAUAGAAGUCUGUACCUGAACAACAAACUGACACCCUCGCAUUAUUGCUCUGAGAAAGUGAGCCUGAAGCAACACAGCAAUAGAAACGAUAGUUUGCGAGGUUGUGGGAAGCCACUCGGUUCUUUCGUACGCGACAUCAUGUGACUCACGCUUUGUGGCACUUUCACACUCGGAACCGCAUGAAACCGAAAAGUCAAAGUCACGACGUCCCGUCCAGGUUAAACUCUGUUCCGUUCACUUCUGUCACAGUCUCUCAUCUAGUAUUUCUCACAUCAAUCUUUCUAUAUGUUUCUAAAGUUUUACCUCUUGAUCACAGGAAAAAAUCUACUGCUCUCCUUAAAACUACAAGCACAACAGCGCAGGUAGUUUCAUUUACAUCAAAUGUUCAUCUUUCCAGUUGUAUCCUCUGCUGUCUUAAUACGCGUUUUUCCUCUGUCCUGCUGAAACCGUGGCCUCUCAGCUCACUUUUCAUCAAUUGUGCUUUGAAGUUUAGCUCACAAAUGUCUGAGGUUUAUGGGAACGGGUGUUAAGUAAAGGCUGCAAAACAAGAUAAUAGUAAAAUGCUAAUGGAUUCUGACAUCAUCUGUUCUAAUGCUGGAUUUGUUAUUAGCGUAGUUACAAAUGCCAGUGGGAUUUUUAAUGAGCAAACCCAUGAGUUCCAGUUUCACCUGCGCUUUUACGAGCACCUGCAUCAAAGAAAUCAGGACACUUAACUACGGCUCCCAGGAUGCAUUUCUGCAAACUCUAGAUUAAAUUUCAAAUUCACGGCUGCUCUGACUCUCCUCUGCCUGGCAUCUUCUCCAUGGCAACGGCAGCUGAGGCUCAUGGUUGUGGUCGAACGUUCGAGCCGUCCACGAUGGUCGUCACAACGUGAACCCGUACGAUAGUGGGAUCAUCCAGGAGAGUCCUGUGUUUCCGUGUUGAGCGACGCUGACGAUGUUAAUGAAAGUGAAAAAUUGGAGGAAACAAAAACCCACUCCCACUUUGCAACUCUAUGAGCAGGUCUGUGGGAGUGGAGCCUUUCAGCUGCGACUAUUAUAUAUAAUAAGUGUAUAAUACAGCAAAGGUAGAAUAUUAUCUACUGUGUGGAUCUUAAAGAGGACGAGGAGAAAGCAAAAAUAUUGAGCAAAUGGUUCGUUGAGAAUAUGUGGAGGGGGGGGUGGGAGGGGGCAUGUGCAGACGGGGUGUUUCCUGUGUCAGUGGUUGUCAUAAUGUGUCUGUGACAAGGGGACAGGGUUUGCCUGUAUUUAUAAAGGUUUGAUUUGUUUUUUUUUA